CCUUGAAUUAUAGUUGACCCAACGUCGCCAGCCGCCAUUCUGGUCAAUUUUGACGAUUUCGUAUCAAUUUUCAUUAAUUACCGUGAAACGUAUCGUGCGGUGUUCGUGAAUUUUACGCCAAAAUUGUUGCUGUUCUCUGGAGAUCUAGUCCGUCCAAACGGACUGCAGCCCUUAAAACAGUUUGGAAUGUACUAGCAAAUCAUUUGCUGAAGAGAGGGUUAAAACAUGCAAAAUUGGAACCAAUGGCAAUUGUCAGCUGGUGCUGUUGCCACUCCAAUGCCACAACCACCAGUUGGUUAUGCUGCACCAGGAGCAGAUCCCAUGGCUAUGAUGCAAGCAUACAUGCAGUAUUAUAGUCAACCAGCACCUAGUGGAUAUACAGCAGAACAAUGGGCAGCAGCUCAACAACAAAAUUGGACUCAGUGGCAGCAGUGGCAACAACAGUACCAACAAUGGCAAGCUCAGUAUGGAGAAAAAUAUCAGGAAACUAUGAAGCAUAUGUCAGCCCAGAAUAUGGGUUUAACUACACAGGUGACCCAGUUACCAAUUGUACAGCCUCCACCGCCUCUUCCAAAAGAAGAUACAAAACCACCAUUACCCCCAACCACAAUGAAUACAUAUCAGUUUACAAGCAUGCCUCCACCACAUCAAAACAAUCUUCCAUUAUUUCCUGUUAAGCAAAAUGCGAACACCACAGUGCAAACUAGUGUACAAAACUGUCCCCAGAAUCCCCCCUUGCCCCCUAAUCAACCACCAUUGCCUCCCGAAAGUAGUAAUAGUAGUAAGGAAAGUACAUUAACCGGUAAACGCGGUAGUAGUAGCGUUAGUGAAUCAAAUAGUGCUAAAAAGUUGAAAGUUGAAGACGACGAGUUAACCGAAGCUGAAAAAACGUUCGACGCUCAGUUUAAACAGUGGGAAGAACAAUUUAAUAAGUGGAAAGAGCAAAAUGCAAAUCAUCCUGACAAGACUCAAUACAAACAGUAUGAAGCGAAAUGGACAUCUUGGCGGGAGAAGCUUAUUGAACGACGAGAACAGAUGCGUAAGAAACGCGAACAGCAAAAGCAAGUUGUUGCGAAGGCAGAAGUAGAGAAGGCUAAAAGCUUACCUGGUGAUGAUAAAAUAAUGAACAUUCUAUCAAGCACAGAAAAUCAAGGCUUGAUUAACAAUUUGUUAGGCAUUGGAAAAACCCUUGGUUUAACUACGAAACAAAAUGCUAACGUUCCUCCUCCACCACCGCCGCCACCAGCUACAGAGACCGUAACAUCCACGGUUCAAACAUCUACCAUGGCAUCCACUCAAGAAACCUCACAGUUGUCGACAUCUCAGUUACCAGCUGCCAUGAAUAUAAUGUCUUCCAGUGCGAUGACUUCGUCGCCUUGGAAUUCACAGCAAUGGGCACAACAGUAUAAUGCAGGAAUGAACGUAUCAGGCAUUUCCAAUUUCCAAUCCAUAAGCGGUGUGCCUCCACCACCUUUCGGCGCACCACCCACACAAAUGCCUCGUCCGAAUUUCACACAGCCACCACCAAAUUUUCCCAAUGCACCAAAUUUCUCUCAGCCGCCGCCUGGGUUUGCUAACGAUAGACAGAAUUCUAAUGUACGUCCACCGGUUCCAUCCAACAUGCAAGGAAGACCUCCGUCGUAUGGUCCAAGUAGUGUGAGUGGUCCUGAUGGAAAUCAUGCUGCCAAUGAGCGUCUAACACAAGGUGGUCCUAUGAAUAAUUUCGACUCAAUGAAUCCAAAUAACUUCAACACUAGUGAAUCCAAUCGGCAAAAGGAUGGUAUAGCACCAGAUCGUUUUGGUUGUGAUGGAAUUAUUGAGCAACAAGGUAAUCAAUUUCGAUCGAACGAUGUAUAUGGUCAACGGAACGAAAAUUAUAAAUUUAACGACGAACGACCGCCUGAAAAUGAUCAGUUUAGAAGAGAGGAUAGAAAUUAUCAAGAGCAUGGAAACAAUCAAUUCAAUCAGCAGAAAAUGAAUUUCAACAAUGAUAGAUUCACUUCCGCAAGUGAUCGUUUUGGACCGGGUAGUAAUCGGUUUAAUUCAAAUGAUAGAUUCGGGCCUGGAAAUGAUCGAUUCAAUUUAGGAAGUGAUCGACCUGGACUUGGAAAUGAUAGAUUCGGACCUGGUGAUAAUAGGUUCGCAAGUGAGCGAUUUGGACUAUCGACUGAAAGAACUGGGCAAGGAAAUGAAUCUGUGAACGACCGUUUUGGAGGGAAUGAUAGAUUUGGUGCCAAUAAUAAUGAAUCGUUCGGUCCAACAGGAGAUAGAUUCAGUAGGAACAGUAUGGAUCGUUUUGAUCAAAAAGAUAUAGGCGAUAGACGCGAUAGCUUUCCAAAUGUUCCUCGUGUUUUCGGUAGGAAUAAUCAAUUUGAACCAUCUGAUAAAUUAGCACCAGAAUUAAAAAAACUUAUGGAAAAGCGGCGAGCUGCGUUGGAUGUAUUUAGACCUAGUUAUCUUGACUCUGAUAAGGGUAGCAACGUUGGUUCAUUGAGCGAGAGCUUUAAGAAAAUAACUGGGGAUUCUCUGUUUCUGAAAAAUUCUGGGAUUAAUAAUUUCGGUCCUCGUGGUCCUGGUCCUGGUAAUUUUAGAAUGCCUAUAGACUUCAAACCGCAAGGUCCAAAUCCUGAUUUUGGUCCACGAUGCCCCACAAGUCUUGGUCGUAAUAAUUCAUUUGAUUCUAGAGAUGGUAUACAAUUUAGGGGAACUAGUUCGCAGCAAGUACAAGACAUAAUCAUAGAACCAAGAUCAGACAUAGGAAAUCUAGGGACUGACACAAAUAUAGCUAAAGAUAGUAAAGAACUUCUUAGUGGAGAAGAUCAAUCUUCUCUAGUACAUCCCCAACUUAAUGAACAUAAUGUUGAUAGUACACGCAAAGAUGAUCCUGAUAAUUACUCAAUACAAACCGAGAUUCCAUUAUUGGAAAAAGCACCAUGGUCUGAUAAUCAGUUUCCUGAAGGUAAUUCACAAAAAGACGCUAUUACCGUUAUAGAUGGUGACAAUUCAUCUAUUAAUUAUGUUGCUCCAGAACAAAGUACUCAAAAAGUAAUACCUGAAAUAAUAAAAUCUAAUCAAGAUUUAUCAAAUAAUGAAAACGAUAUCAGGAAAACGGAUGUUUUGCCUUUUAUGGGAGAAAAUGAUCCAAAACCAGAAGAUUUAAAUAUGGAACCUCCUCCUGAAUUUCCAAAUUUGGGACCUGUUACCACAGAGACUAUCGAAAAUAAUGAUCCUCUACGGCGAAUUAAUGAGAUGCAUGAUGAAAAAGAGUCUUCCUCGCAACCAUUCUUAAAUAAUCCAGAUUGCCCUGCUCCCAGAGAUAAUUUUGAUCCUACAUUUGGUCCGAGAGGAAUGCAAUUCAGACCAAAUACACCUUUUCUUACUCCAAGAGGUCUUGGUGAUAACAGAUUUCCUAUGUUUGAACCUCGAGGUCCAAUACCGUUCAAUCCUGUUGGUCCAAAUUCAUUUUCAUUGGGGCCUCGCGGUCCCAGUGAUGGUCAAUUUGGUCCAAGAGGACCUAACAAUGGACAAUUUGAUCCACGGGGUUCCAACGAUGGACAGUUCGAUCCAAGAGGAUCCAAUGACUCACAAUUCCGUCCUAGAGGACCAAAUGAUGGUCAGUUUGGUCCAAGAGGGUCUAUCGACGGAUCCUUUGGACCAAGAGGACCGAAUGACGGAAUAUUUGGUCCAAGAGGGCCGGCUGAUGGACACUUUGGCCAAAGAGGUCCUAGUGAUGGAUCAUUUGGACCAAGAGCUCCUAUUGAUGGAUCAUUUGGACCAAGAGGUCCCAAUAGUGGACAAUUCGGACCUAGAGGUUCUAAUAUUGGACAAUUUGGCCCCAGAUAUGAUGGACAAUUUGGACAAAGAAGACCUCCUAAUGAUGGUCAGUUUGGUCUCAGAGGACCAACUGAUGGACAAUUUGGACCUCAAGGAUCUAGUAGACCGUUUGUACCUGGUAGAUCGAAUGACGUACCUUUUGAUAAUCGAGGUCCUAAUAAUAUGCAGUUUGCUUCAAGGGGACCGAAUGAUGGACAGUUUAAAUUCUCGAGUCCUAGUGACACACUAUUUGGUUCACGUCGCAAUGAAGGAUCUUAUCAACGAAGUCCGAGCGGAUCAAAGGGAAUGAAUGAAGGACAAUUUCCAAGUAGAUUUAGUGAAAAGUUAUGUGACGCUUCUACUGAUGGAACUUCAAUACCACAGGGUGGAAGUGAUGCAUACUUUGUCUCACGAGGUCCAACUAGUGGUCCAAAUGAUUUAUUCACAACUCGAGAGAGACAGUUUGAUGUUAGAGGUCUUAACAAUAUGGGUCCCAAAAAUAGAGAAAAUUCAGAAAGCAUUUCUGAUAUUCGUGGCAGUGGCGGAGUUUUUGAGUGUAAGGAUCAAAUUCAAAUGGAUCAAAGUAUGCAACAGGGAAAGUUUGAUGCUAAUAGUGUCCAAGGUUCAGGAUGGAAGCAAUCAUAUACUAAAGGUAAUUUAGGUGAUAUUGACCAAAGAUCUGUGCAAGAAUUUGGCUACAAUGAAAAACCAAUUCAAAGUGAAUCAUUUAAUCAAAGUUUAAUAAAUAAUAUAGAAAGAAGAUCUCCUUUGGAUGCAGCCAAACUCAAUAUAUCAGACAUGAGAACAGACAAAACAAUGAGUGAAUUGACAAUUGGAGAAUCGUCAGGAUCUGAGUACUCGAAAUUUAACAGCUCUAACAUGUAUGCGAAACGAUCAAUGGAUAAUCGCCAGUCUCAUGUUAGAUGUACACCUGUUAAAGAGUUUUGCAUAGAAAAGCAAUUUAAUUAUAAUCACGGUGGAACUGCUGCUGAUAAGAAAUUCGUUGAUCAUGUACCUGCUAAAGUAAUUGACUAUGCUCAUACUUCUCGGUCAUCAAUCCAAGAUCACUUAACUCCUGUACAAUGCUUCGAUUAUGGACAUGGUAACUUAAAGCCACUGAUACCAGAAGGCGAGGUACAUCCAACGAAAGAUUUUAGGAACUGGGAAGAAAGUGAACAAAACUUAAAAGAAUAUACAGAGAAAAUAAGAAGAUAUGAACAUUAUUCAGGAAAACCAGAUAAUAGGAGAACGGGUGACUAUGGUCACAGAAGGAAUAGUGAAGACUAUAUAGAUGAUAAAAAACUGGAAAGAGAUUACAGAGAGAAAGAAAAUUAUAAAGCAAAAGAAGACAGGAUAUUUGACCAUUUAUCCAACAAAGAUCAGGAUAGUCGUUAUAAUAAAAAAGCUAAUAAAGAAAGAACACGGGAAAGAAAUGAGCAAACUCAAAAGGAAACAAACAAAGAAAAUAAAGAUGAAGACAGAUCGAAAGGAAAUAUAAACUGGCAGGAGAACACAAACAAGAACAUCGUUGAGACAAAGCCACCAGACACCAGUGUUACAGAUGUUCAACACAAUGUGGUGGAACCUGCACCAAAGACUUUGGAGUUGGCGAAAACACCGAACUGCACAAUGGUGGAUGACUUACUGUGUGCUCCUGGUCGCCAGAACAGACCACCAAAAAUAGCUAUUAUCUUAAGGGGUCCUCCAGGCAGUGGAAAAUCAUUUGUUGCAAAACUUAUCAAGGACAAGGAAGUAGAGCAAGGAGGCUCUGCACCAAGGAUCUUGAGUCUUGAUGACUACUUUUUAGUGGAAAAAGAAAUAGAAUCUACUGACGAUAAUGGCAAGAAAGUGACUGUCAAGGAAAUGGUCUAUGAAUACGAAGAAGCAAUGGAGCAAAGUUAUGUGGCAUCAUUAGUAAAGGCGUUUAAGAAAAAUAUCACCGAUGGUUUCUUCAAUUUUAUAAUAUUAGACUGCAUUAACGAAAAGAUCUCCGACUAUGAAGAAAUGUGGAGCUUUGCUAAAACCAAAGGUUUUAAAGUAUAUGUAUGUGAAAUGGAAAUGGAUUUACAAAUCUGUUUGAAAAGAAACAUUCACAAUCGCACAGAAGACGAAAUAAAUAGGAUUAUAGACUAUUUUGAGCCAACGCCGAGUUAUCAUCAAAAACUGGAUGUUAAUUCAAUGUUGCAAGAACAGGCAAUUGAAGAAGUUCACAUGGAAGAUAGUGAAGAUACACAAGAGAAAGUAUCUCAACAAAAUGAAGAUAGUCAAGAUAGUCAAGAGGAUAUUCAGGAUAGUGUGGGAGUAAGUAAAUGGGAACGCAUGGAAGCUGAAGAUAAGUUAGACCGUUUGGAUGGUCUUGCAAAAAAGAAAAAUGAGGGAAAAGUUCAAACAAUGAAAGAUUUCCUUCAAGUUCCUGAUUAUUAUAACAUGGAGGACACUUCUGGCAAAAAACGCGUAAGGUGGGCAGAUUUAGAAGAACGAAAGGAGCAAGAAAAAAUGCGUGCUGUGGGAUUCGUGGUUGGUCACACCAAUUGGGAUCGAAUGAUGGAUCCAACAAAAGGAGGGAGCGCUUUAACACGCACAAAGUUUCUCAUCAUGUGCCAGUCAAUUCAAUCAUGACUUCCAUAGAGCAAUUGAAUGUCGUAAAUAUUAGAAAAGUAACUACCAGAAUAUGUUUACAAAUCAAGCGACACAACUGUAAGUAAUAUUUGUGUUCUAUACGCAACAAAGUAUAUGAACUUUAUGAUUCUUGUGGUACAGUAAUAUCUUAUUGCGUCGCAGGUACAUUUAUUCAUUGGGAUCUCACGAUAGUGAAAAAAUGAACAGUUUAAAAAUAUAAGAAUGUCGUAUUUUCAUCGUUUAAAUAAUAUAAACACUACUCACAUAUAACAAAAAAUAUGCGCAUAAAGUAGAAGCCUACUUUGAGUUUGUCGCUGUGUAACAUCUAUCUUUUAAAAUCUAUACAGAUAUCUCUGUGUACGUCCACAUAACAAAAAUAAGAUUAAUAUACAUAGCUAAGAGUGUGGAA